UUCAGUCCGUGGUUUCAUCGACUUCGCUAUGUCCGCGUGCUUUGUUUUAUUCACAUUAGCGUUUCUCGCUGCCACUUUGGAUUGUGGAAAUAGUACGAGAAUAUUGGAUGUAUUUCCGAUGGCAUCGAUAGUGUACCACAAACUGACGUUGGAAUUGAGUAAACGAGACCAUGAGCUCAUCGUUCUGACGACACAUGCGGUCAAUGAUUCGACCUUGACGAACUAUAGGAAAAUAGACCUUCAUCUUCUUUACGAGGAAGGAUUGAUUUCAUUGACAUGUUUGAGCAUUAUGAAGCUUUGUUGUACUUUACGUAUCAAUGAAGUACGUAUUCCGUAAUCCGGAGUUUAGAAAACUGGCCGCACCGAACAGUGGUGAAAACUUUAGCUUGAUAUUGUUGGAAACUUUUGGAUUCUCUGCGUUCCUGUCUCUUGCAGAACGAUUCAAGGCUCCCGAUGAUUGGAAACGCCAGUGCGGGUUUACAAAUGGGUGUUCAAUACGACUUCGGCAAUCCCGUUCUGCCUUCUCAUCCACCGAUGGAAGCGUUUCGGUGAUUUUAUCAAAGCUCGGAGACACAUUUACUACUAAAGGAAAGAACUUUUGACAAAACACCAGACAGUCGACGAAAAGUAUCUCGAGAUCGAGAUAAUGCAUCUUGGUGAAAUCCAUGAAAAUAUCAAAUUUGCACUUCAGAUUCGUAAUCAGCGACUCAAAAAACUUCCGAGUGCCGACUUUUAAUCGAAUUGAAUUCGUUUUCGAUAUUUUGCCAGAGAUUUUGGAUUCCGUCCCCACUGUGCGACACGACGGCCAACAAUCCUUGGUAUCAGUGUCAGGACAUGGAUAUCGUUGUGUUUUUUUUCUGCCAUAUUUGUCAUUACUCUCAUGUCGUCGUUGGUUAUUCUAUACAAGUCUCUGAUUUACUGUUUAAACGCGUUAACCCGAAACUUUACAAGAUCAGUCGGCAAGGAGAAGAAAGGAAAUUGAUUCUUUCCUCUUUCUAAACAGUUUGUUUCUAAUUGACCAUCUUUUCACAGUUCUUAUACACAUUUUGUUUUCAGAUUGUGUAAUAUUAGGAUACCGACAUAUGAUUUAAUGCGAACUUUGGACUCACAAGAACACUGCAACUACCAAGGCAACUCAAUCUCUCUCACUUGUUACGCAUCACACAGAAACAGUCGUGAUUGGGCAUGAUUAUACGCAAACGCACAACACGAGUUCGUGAAAGAACCGAGUGCACUUUUUGGGUAUAGUUAUAACAUGCACUGUACAGCAGUGCUGAGAUUAGGCUGCCGGUAUUUUGUUGCUCCGAUUGCAGGUCAGUUUGCAGCUGUAAGUCUACAAAUAUGCCACUCCACCUCAUCGUGCUUGUAUUGACGUUAAUCGCGAGUGAUUUGCAUUGUGGAAAUGGCGCGAGGAUAUUGGGUGUAUUCCCGAUGCCAUCGAUCAGCCAUCAGGUAAUAUUCCGCAAACUGACUUUGGAAUUGAAUAAAAGAGGCCACGAGCUCGUCGUGUUAACGCCAGAUCCGGUCAACGAUACGACCUUGAAGAACUACAAGGAAAUAGACCUUCAUUUUCUCUACGAUAGCCUUGAUUUGGGAAAUCAUGUAGAUAUACGAGGAAAGAUUGAUUUCGUUGACAUGUUCAAGCAUUAUGAAGCUUUGUCGUGCUUUCAUACCAAUGAAGUAUUCAAUCAUCCGGAGUUUCGAAAAUUGUAUGCGCCGAACAGCGGUGAAAACUUUGACUUGAUAUUGUUAGAGACUUUUGUGUAUCCUGCAUUCCUGUCUCUUGCAGAACGAUUCAAAGCUCCGAUAAUCGGGAUCGCCAGUGCCGGCUUACAACUGAGUGUUCAAUACGACAUCGGCAAUCCCAUUCUGCCUUCUCAUCCGUCGAAUUGGAACAAAGAUAUGAGAGAUUUUGGAGCCUGGGUACCAUGGGAGCGGUUGGAUAACUUUAUCAAAGCUUGGAGACACAUUUACUACUACAGAACAGAAUUUUUGCCGAAACACCAGGCAAUCGCGGAAAAGCACAUGGGAAUCGAGAUCCCGCAUCUCGGUGACAUCCAUAAAAAUAUCAGUCUGAUUUUCGUUAAUCAACAGGGUCCAAUUUCUUUCGCUAGACCGAACCUUCCAAACAUCAUUGAAAUUGGAGGUUUUCACGUGUCAGAAUCGAUCAAGCCGUUAUCAGUGGACCUGCAAAAAAUUCUCGAUAACGCUACCCAGGGUUUUAUUUACAUGAGUCUUGGAUCAAACGUAAAGAGUAACAUGCUAAAGGAGGAAACACGCAAUGAAUUCAUAGCUGCGUUUUCUGAACUACCCUACAAAGUGAUUUGGAAGUUCGAGGAUGAAGUACUUCCGAAAAAACCAGAUAACGUAAUCGCAAUGAAGUGGGUUCCUCAACAAGCUAUCCUAGCUCACCCCAACCUGAAGGUGUUCAUCUAUCAGGGUGGACUUCAGAGUACAGAGGAAGCCGUUUCACACGCCGUUCCUCUGAUCGGUUUGCCAGUUUUCGGUGACCAAGAUAUGAAUGUCGACAAAAUGGUAUCCCUUGGGGUCGCUAAGAAGCUCGAGAUCACUGCUGUCAAAAGGGACGAUCUACUGGAAGCAAUUCGUACCAUCGCCCUGGACAAAGGGUACAAGCAGCGGAUGUUGACUUUACGAUCGCUGUUGAUCGAAAAACUACGCGAUUCGCUCGAGAACGCAAUUUGGUGGACGGAACACGUUAUACGUCACAGAGGCGCUCCGCAUCUGCAUUCCUCGACGUCCGAUGAGCCUUGGUAUCAGCGCCAGGACAUGGACAUCGUCGCGUUUAUAUCUGCAAUAUUUGUCAUCACUCUCAUAUCGUCAUUGGUUAUUCUAUACAAGUCUCUGAUUUACUGUCUAAACUCAUUAACCCGAAACUUUACAAGAUCAGUCGGCAAAGACAAGAAUGGAAAUUGAUUCUUUUCUCUUUCUCAACAAUUUGUUUCUAAUUGACCAUCUUUUCACAGAUUUUUAUGAACGUAAGAUCAUGAAUUGAAGUUGUAUUAAAUAAGAUUUAAGAAACGGC